AUGUCAUUCCGCCAUCUUGUUCCUCCACCUCCCACCAGUUCCUUUCAGUGGGCAUAUUCAUUUUCCUCCCACUUCCUCAUAUCGGCUCCUCCCGCUGCCACCAUCCAGGGAAUGGGUAUCAGUCUAUCACUCCUCCUAUACCAAAACCGACUUAUUACCUGGGUACCCAUACAUGAAGUUGCCACUUUUGUUUUCUUUCUCACCACCUCCGUCCACUCGCUGCUGGCCGCUUUCUUCCCUCCUUCUGCGGGCAUCACUGGUGAAGGUACCGAUGCCUGUUUCUCUGAUGGUGCCGGCUUCUUGGUCGGACACAACUUUGCCAGGUGUCCAGCUUCACCACACACCCAGCAGCAGGGCCGGCGCCCCUCAACCACCACAAAAAUCCUUCUUUUGCUGCACAAAAUUGGCUUCCUCCAUCGGCUCCCUAUUGACCGGUAUGAACUUCCUGGUCUUAACAUCCACCGUCAAUAUGGAGAUUGUCCUUUUCUCCACCGUUCCAUGACCGACGGCACUGGGCCUUUUUGCGGCCUUUCCGCCACCCAAGCAGAUGGUGCUGAAGAAGUAGUGUCCAAAGGCUGUUUUUCUUGGGUCACCUCCGCCAUAGCGGGAGGUUCGUCCACAUGGGUGGCUGCACACUUGGCUGCUCUCCCAUUGCCAAUCUGUAUUCAGCCCGAUGGCCCAACAGCAACGCCUCCCAAUGCUGUUAUGGCAUCAAUCCCCAAUAGCAGGUCAAAUCCCAGCACCACCAAAGCGUUGAUCUUGGCAGAAGCACCUUCCUCCGUGGAUACAGUUACCACUCCUACACCGCAACAUGGACGGGACAUGCCUUCAAUAGUCACGACGUCCACCGUCACUCUCUUCCAAGACCGGCACCGAUCCGCAUCCACAAUCGUCCCCCAACUCUUGCCCGGGCUAAUUCUCUUCUGUCUCUUUCCUCCGUCUGCUUCUUCUGUCUCUCUCUUCCGUCUGCCUCUUCCGUCUGCACGCUCGCCCGGGCCAAUUUUCUCUUCUCUCUUCAAGAAAUUUCUCCCGUCCUUCCACGACAAUCGUGAACACUUCUUCAAUAUCAGUCAUGGGUCCCAAUGCACUCGGGUCGGACCUAUCUUGCUCCCACAACUAGCAUCGUCAGUACCACGAGCCUCCUCUCGUCCAUGUCUGCAAAGAGAUGAAGAGAAUAAUUCGUCUUGCUCAAUCAUUCUCUUAUUGUUUUUAUCAGGUGGUUACAUCUUAGAGCGAUACCUCAAGCACCGACCCAUACCACCACCAGCACCGUGCAUGCAUGGGGCCCGUCCACACUGUUCACCAGCACUGAUGACAAAUGCACAGUUAGUUCCAGACCGUCACUCAUUCACCACAGCCACCUUACUGGUUUCACUUAGCCCUUGGGCUCGGGCUUCACCGCUCCCCUCAAUCGCCGUUUUAGUGCCCGCAAUUUACUCUGCAAUUGAGCUAACGGAAUUUCAUCCUCUUCUUCCCAUUCACUCAGUUCUUCUUCUUCCCUCAGGGGCCCUCCUAAGUGGGGGUAGACCACGGAUGACUCUCUUUUCUCGGACUAUCAAUCCAUUUCUCCACUCUAUACGAGAUAGGGUUGUUCCGUUCGGCGUGGUCCCCUGCGAGGACAGUGGCCGUACGUAUUGCUGCACCAGAGCAGAUUUAAGCUUGGUCCACGUCAGGGCCGGGUUUUCUUUGUACCCCUCCCUCUAUGAAUUUGAGCACCGGCCCCGCUGCGGCGCCGUAAGCUAG